CUGAGGGAUCCUGCUCCGUGGUGCUGGUCCGUAUAGAGGCGGCACUGCAGCUCGCAACCGGCAAAAGUCCUCAGAGCUGGAUUACAGCAGAACAUCGCUUUUCUAACGAACAGCAAAAGGUCCAGCGCCAAAAUUUCCUCUCUUUUAGUAGCCAUGGCCAUUUAGACCUGGGCAUUUGACAAUGGCCAUAGGAACCCAGCUGUACCUCCUGCUGUGGAAGAACUUCACCUACCGCAGAAGAAAUAAGUUCCAGCUGAUCACUGAACUGCUCUGGCCACUCUUCCUAUUCCUCAUCCUCAUCUCCGUACGCAACUCUCACCCACCCUACAAACAGAGCCAGUGCCACUUCCCCAACAAGGCACUCCCAUCUGCAGGCACUUUAGCAUGGGUGCAGGGCAUUGUUUGCAAUGUUAACAACCCAUGCUUCCACUACCAAACUCCAGGGGAGAGACCGGGACAACUGGCGAACUUUGAUAACUCCUUAAUCUCUCGAUUGUUAGUGGAUGCUGGACAUAUCCUCACCAACACAAGUGACUGGACAGCCCUCACAGAUGACCUUUCUCUUGCUGUUCAGAGACUGGCCGAGAGACAGGAUGCCUGGCCAAAUUUCCCAGUGGGAGAAUACCUCAGAGCAAACGAGACAUUUUCUUCCUUCCUGCGUACCAACUGCAGCAUUCCCUCCAACUCUGUGGAUCACCUGAUGAAGGCACGACUCAACCUCCAGGUUGCUCUGACAGGAUCGGGAUUACGUCUGUCUGAAAUCGUCUGUAAUGCCACUCUCUUGGGCCGUUACCUCACAAUGGAAGGAAACACCUCCUUUACUCACCUGCAGAGAGACUUGUGUGCUGUUCCCUCAGAUUUGCUGCAGCAAGCCGAACGGAUAUUUCUCUCACAGAUGGACUUUAGAAAGAUUUUCACGAGGGAGCGUCUCCUCUCCAGUGCUGCCGACCUACAGGUGCUCAGCCAGGCAACCGCCUCUGCAGCUCAGGAACUGGCCUCCAUUAUGGAUAAUAUAUACACUCUGUCAAGCUUCUCUGAGCUCAACACAGAUCUCCGGCUACUGCUUCAAGAGAACAGCUCGGCUCUGCCCCAAAAGCGCUUCCAAGCCUUCUCCAGGAUUAUGUGUGGUCACCCAGAGCAGGACGGGGAGAGCAUUCCCUCUUUUAACUGGUAUGAAGAUCAAGACAUCAAGUCUUUCCUGGGCAGGAGCCGGUCAGAGGAAACCGACUUGGAAAACGAUACAACCAGUCCAUUCUGUAAAAGCAUGAUUCAAAACUUGGAAAUGAAUCCUGUCUCUCGCAUUUUCUGGAGAGGUAUUAAGCCACUUUUCAUUGGGAAAAUUCUCUACGCGCCAGAUACUCCUGCUACGCGCCGUAUUAUGAAAGAGGUGAACAGGACAUUCCAGACGCUGGACGUUCUGGAAGAGGUAUAUGGAGCAUGGGAGGAGGUGGGACCCAGAAUCAAGAGAUUCAUGGAGAACAGCCUGGAGAUCCGACUGCUGAAGGAUUUUCUGAGGCGGCCGGAGGUGGCAGUGGUGGUGAACCUGCGGCUGGAGAACACCUCAUGGACAGCGUCUCGCCUUGCCCAGUUCCUCUCUACACCUGAUCCAGACACUCCCAGGAGAAAAGGAGCACCUCCCACCUGGCUGGACCUGUAUCAGGAUCUCAAUAGCUCUCUUAGCACCUUGUCACAAGUCACAAAGUGUUUUUCCCAGAACAAAAUGGAGGGAUUGGAUACAGAAGAUGAGAUGGUAGAGCGGGCUCUGGAGCUGCUGGAGGAUCGGCAGUUUUGGGCUGGAAUUGUCUUCCUCCUUCCAGAUCCCUCCUCCUCAAACCUGCCCCCUCAUGUCAAGUACAAGAUCCGGAUGGACGUAGAUGAUGUUACACGCACCAAUAAAAUCAAAGACAAAUUCUGGGACCCAGGCCCGGCUGCAGACCCCUUCAGUGACAUGCGAUACAUAAGAGGUGGCUUUGUCUAUGUGCAGGAUUUAGUGGAGCGAGCAAUAACACAAGUACUCAGCGGCAAGCAACCAUCUACUGGGAUAUAUGUACAGCAGAUGCCCUAUCCGUGCUUCGUGGAUGAUGUUUUCCUGCGUGUGCUGAAUCGCUCACUCCCUCUCUUCUUGACGUUGGCAUGGACUUACUCAGUAGCCAUGAUCAUCAAGUGCGUGGUAUAUGAGAAGGAAGCACGGCUGAAGGAGACCAUGAGGAUUAUGGGACUGAGCUCAGGGACUCUCUGGCUCAGCUGGUUUGUCAGCAGCUACCUGAAUUUCCUCAUCAGCUCUCUGCUUCUCGUCACUGUGCUGAAGGUGGGAGACAUCUUGCCCUAUAGUGACCCCGCGGUGGUCUUCUUCUUCUUGUCUGCCUUUGCCACAGCCACCAUCAUGCUGUGCUUCCUCAUCAGCACCUUCUUCUCCCGGGCCAACCUGGCAGCAGCCUGUGGAGACCUUGCAUACUUCUCCCUUUACCUGCCUUAUGUUCUGUGUGUGUCCUGGAGGGAAUACCUCACCAGCGUACAUAGGAUCCUAGCUAGUUUUCUGUCUCCAGUAGCCUUUGGGUUUGGCUGUGAGUACCUGUCUCAGUACGAGGAGCAAGGGCUGGGCAUCCAGUGGUCCAACAUGUGGUCCAGCCCUACUGAAGGAGACAAAUACAGCUUAUCUACCUCUAUCAUAAUGCUCUAUGUGGAUGCCUUUAUCUAUGGAGUGGCCACUUGGUACAUCGAAGCUGUGUUUCCAGGGCAGUAUGGAAUUCCCAGACCCUGGUAUUUUGUCUUCCAGCUGAAAUACUGGGGAGGAGCUCUGAUGGAGGCUGGUUUGCCCAUUCCUCCUGCACCUAUAGAUGAAGGAGACAAUCGAAUUGAAGCUGAGCCAUCUGAUCUAAUCCUUGGUGUAGCCAUACAUAACUUGGUAAAGAUUUAUAAAAAGGGAGCCAAACUUGCUGUCAAUCAUCUGAGCGUCAAGUUCUUUGAGGGGCAAAUCACUUCGUUCCUGGGUCACAACGGAGCUGGCAAGACAACCACACUGUCUAUCCUGACAGGGUUGUUUCCCCCAACUGCUGGUUCGGUGUAUAUUAAAGGCAUGGACAUCCGCACAGACAUGAACGAAAUCCGCAGAACACUGGGAGUGUGUCCCCAGCACAAUGUCCUCUUCGAUAUGCUGACUGUGGAGGAGCAUGUGUGGUUCUAUGGUCAUAUGAAAGGCAUGAGCAGUUCUGAAGUAAAGGAGGAGAUGGCCUCCCUGCUGGAAGAUGUGGGACUAACACACAAACGCCACGAACAGACCAAGAACCUCUCAGGCGGCAUGCAGAGGAAGCUCUCAGUGGCUAUAGCCUUCAUAGGAGGGUCAAAGGUUGUGAUUCUGGAUGAACCCACUGCUGGUGUUGACCCCUAUUCUAGACGUGGGAUCUGGGAUCUGCUGCUCAAAUACCGCAAAGAUCGUACAAUCAUUCUGUCUACACACUACAUGGAUGAGGCUGAUCUUCUGGGUGACCGUAUCGCCAUCAUCUCUCAGGGGAAGCUGUGUUGCUGUGGCUCUUCACUCUUUCUAAAGUCACACCUGGGCACAGGUUACUACCUCACUGCGGUAAAGAAGGAGCUCCAGAGCCGGACGCCAACCAGCGCCAGUGGAAAGCUUUUGGCGGCUGUAAAUGACACAGAUUCUACCAGGAGUGAUGACACUGGACUUGGAAGUGAGGUCAAUAGUUCAGUUAUAAGUGGCCUUGUGGCUCUGGCUCAGCACUACGUCUCCGGGGCCCGGCUGGUGGAGGACGUUGGCAGGGAGGUGGUCAUUAACCUCCCACAUGCUGCUUCUGAGGAUGGCACUCUGGCCCUCUUCCUGGCAGAGCUGGACAAACGUCAGGCCGAAUUUGGCAUCAUCAGUUACGGCCUCUCAGACACCACGCUAGAGGAGAUCUUUCUGAAGGUGGCAGAGGAGACCGGAGUAGAUGCCGAGCCGGAUGAGGCAGCCACCCCACCUGCUGUGUCUCCAAGCCAGCAGGGGGAGCCACCUGAGGACAGAGAUGCAGGAUGGAAACGUCAAAGCAGGACAGAGGCCCAGGAGACGGAUCCACUGAGUGGUGAUGGUCGGGGCAGUGUGUCCCUCACAGGCUGGGGUCUGACCUGGCAACAGCUCAGAGCUCUCUUCACCAAGAGGCUUCUGUAUGCUACCCGCAGCCGGAAAGGCUUCAUAGCUCAGAUUGUGCUGCCUGCAUUGUUUAUCCUGAUUGAUCUGCUGUUCAGCCUCAUUGUCCCACCCAUGGGAAAGUAUCCUGCUCUGGAGCUGCAGCCAUGGAUGUAUGGCGAACAGUUUACAUUCUUCAGUAAUGAUGCUCCACAAGACCCGGCCAUGCAGAACCUCCUCAGUGCUCUUUUGGACCCUCCUGGAUUUGGGACCAAAUGCUUGGCCUCAGACAUGGAGGCCCAGUGUACAGGGGAGAAUGUCGGGACCAAGUUCAAUUCUCCUCAGAUCCCCUUUAGCACGUGGAAGCUGUUUAACUCUCCCAACUGGACAAUGGAGCACCCUUCUCCUGACUGCAUGUGCAGCACUGAGGAAGUUCGCAGAAUGCUGCCCGACUGUCCAGAGGGAGCAGGAGGAUUACCUCCACCACAGAUAAAGAGAUUGACUGGUGACAUACUGCAGAAUUUGACAGGGCGUAAUAUAUCUGACUACCUCAUGAAGACUUAUCCUCAGAUUUUGAAAAAAAGCAUGAAGACGAAAAAAUGGGUAAAUGAGUUCAGGUAUGGAGGAUUUUCUCUGGGUGCUAAAGGUUCACAGACUCUGAUUGGCUCUCUUCAGCUGGAGGAGUCUGUAAUGGCUAUCAGAAAACAGUACAAAAUAGCAGAGAACAGUUCCCUGGAUCAGCUUCUGGACAGAUUACCGGACCUCUUCACUGACCUCAAUAGUCAAAACAAUGUCAAGGUGUGGUAUAAUAACAAAGGUUGGCAUGCAAUGGUGUCAUUUGUCAACAUCAUGAACAACGGACUGCUGCGGGCAAGCCUUCCUCCUGGACCAGAAAGACAGAAGCAUGGAAUAACUGCCUACAACCACCCUCUGAAUCUCACCAAGGAGCAGCUGAGCGAUAUGGUCUUAAUGACCACCUCAGUGGACGUCCUGUUGUCCAUAUCUGUGAUUUUCGCCAUGUCUCUUGUGCCAGCGAGUUUUGUGCUCUUUCUGAUUGAGGAAAGGGUCAGCAAGGCUAAACAUCUCCAGUUUGUUAGUGGGGUCAAGCCCAUUCUGUACUGGACUGCAAACUUUGUCUGGGACAUGCUGAAUUACACUGUGCCAGCCACCUUGGUGGUUCUCAUCUUCAUUGGCUUCCAGCAGCAGGCCUAUGUAUCAGAAAAGAACCUUCCUGCGCUAGUGCUGUUGCUUCUGCUGUAUGGGUGGGCCAUCACUCCUCUCAUGUACCCUGCCUCGUUUGUGUUCUCUGUGCCCAGCACAGCCUACGUGACACUUACCUCCAUUAACCUUUUUAUUGGCAUCAAUGGAAGCAUAGCCACCUUCGUUUUGGAGCUCUUCACCAAUGAGCAUUUAAGGGAGGUCAACAGGAUUCUAAAAAAGGUCUUUCUGAUCUUUCCUCACUUCUGUUUGGGUCGAGGUCUUAUUGACAUGGCCAAAAACCAGGCGAUGGCAGAUGCUCUCCAGAGGCUUGGCACCAAGCAGACCCUGGAGCCAUUGGAGUGGGAUUUUGUUGGAAAGAAUUUGUUUGCCAUGGCUGUGGAGGGCGUCGUCUUCUUUAUUUUUACUAUACUUUUACAGUAUAAAUUUUUUAUACGUUGCAGGCUGCCAUGGUUUGAGCCUGUCCUGCCGCCUUUGUGUGCAGAGGAUGAGGAUGUAGGGCGUGAGAGAGAUCGGGUGAAGAAUGGAAGAACUCAAGAUGACAUUCUCACUCUUAUAGACUUAAGCAAGGUGUAUAAAUCCGGCAAGAAACCAGCAGUGAAUCGGCUUUGUCUUGGCAUUCCUCGAGGAGAGUGCUUCGGCCUGCUUGGGGUUAACGGGGCUGGAAAGACCUCUACUUUCCUCAUGUUGACUGGGGACACCAGUGUAACCUGUGGAGAAGCUUUCCUCUGCAACCACAGUGUGCUAACUGAGAUGGAUAGGGUCCAUCAGCUUAUGGGCUACUGUCCUCAGUUUGAUGCUAUCAAUGAACUUUUGACUGGAAGAGAGCACCUGGAGUUCUAUGCUCGAUUGAGGGGAGUUCCUGAAGCAUAUGUGGCAAAGGUCGCUCAGUGGGGGGUGAAAAAGCUGGGACUGACACACUACGCUGACCGAGAAGCAGGAGGCUACAGUGGAGGCAAUAAACGCAAACUCUCAACAGCCAUUUCUCUUAUUGGAGCUCCGCCAGUUAUUUUUCUGGAUGAGCCAACAACAGGAAUGGACCCAAAGGCUAAGCGUUUCCUAUGGAACUGUAUUCACAGCGUCAUCAAAGAAGGCCGAGCUGUCAUUCUCACAUCCCACAGUAUGGAGGAGUGUGAGGCACUCUGCACUCGUAUGGCUAUAAUGGUCAAUGGCAGGUUCCAGUGCCUAGGUUCAGUGCAGCAUCUCAAGAACAGAUUUGGAGAUGGCUACACUAUUAUUCUUCGCCUGUCUGCACCCCCAAAGGAUCCCUGCCCUGUGGAUGCUUACAUCAAGAACUCUUUUCCUGGAAUAGAACUAAAGGAAAGACACCACAAUGUCCUGCAAUACCAGCUGCCAUCUAAUUCCUGCUCCCUUGCACGUGUGUUUGAUGUUCUGUCCAACAACUAUGAAGAACUAGGAGUAACAGACUAUUCAAUCUCUCAGACCACUCUGGACCAGGUAUUUGUCAACUUUGCCAAAGAGCAGACGGAUGAUGAUGACCAGCUAAGUGGAGUAACUGUAAAUGGUGGAUUGGUGGCAGCUCAAACCAGCAGACCUCAAUCCAGACGGAGUAUCCAGCCUCAUCCGACCACUCAACAAUCUACACCUUCUCCAAGUGCUUCUCCUGAACCUAGCAGGUCACCCUCUCCAGUCAGUGCAGCUCAACCAUCCCGCCCCCAAUCACCCAACAAAUCCAGUCAGCCAAAAGCUGGAGGCUCAAAGAAUAAAGAAGGUAAACGUAGUGUCCUUUCAGAAGCAAAGCAACCGCAGCAGAUACAAAUGCAGCCUAUGCUGGAUUCUUCAGGCAGUGGACAGAAGCGCUCAGAUGGAGAUCGCUCUCGGAGUAAAGACCCAGCCAAGCUCUUUUUAGUUAAACCUAAACCGCAAGACAGCAAUUUGUGAACUUCUAGGAUGAGGAUGAAGGAUUAUGGAUAAAUGACAAAAGUAUCUAAUUGAAAGUCACAUAUGGUCUGAUUUGAUUUCACCAUUUUCAUCAAUGCGUUUUCUUUAUUUUAAUGACUAUUUAAAUGGUAAGGCAUCAAAACUUUUAAUGAACACAUGUGGAGUAAAGUAGUUAACAAAAAAUGACCUGGCCUCCACAGUCACCGGACCUGAACCCAAUCCAGAUGGUUUGGGGUGAGCUGGACCACAGAGUGAAGGCAAAGGGGUCAACAAGUGCUAAACACCUCUGGGAACUCCUUCAAGAAUAAUGGAAAAUCAUUUCAGGUGACCACCUCUUGAAGCUGAUUGAGAAAAUGCCAAAAGUGUGUAAAGCAGUAAUCAGAGCAAAGGGUGGCUAUUUUGAAAAAAUAUAUAAUAUAUAUAUUUUUUAGGUACUUUACCUUUUUUGUUAAGUACAUAACUCCACAUGUGUUAAUUUGUAGUUAUGAUGCCUUCAGUGAGAAUCUAUAAUGUAAAUUAUCAUGAAAAUAAAGAAAACGCAUUGAAAAAGAGAAGGUGUGUCCAAACUUUUGGCCUGUACUGUAUAUACACGCUUUUCCUAAUUUUCCUAAAAGUUGUGCCCAUACCCCUGUGUGCACACAAAGGAAUGUCAGGAAAUCUUAAUUUGGCACAACAUGUGCAUAGGAAAAAGGUGUAUUAAGUCCAGUCUUUCUUCUCACAUUGAUGUUGCACUCUCAGGAAUAGAAUCUGAUCUAGGACCACAUGUAAGAGAAAGCCCUGAAAAAAAUAUUUUGUUUCAUAUUAAAGCAAAAAAAUGGAUUUUAAUCACUUGCAGUACAAUUUUCAUCAAUAAUGAUAAAAUUAUAUCAGUUAAAAGCAAGUAAAGAUAUCAAAUUUAUAAUUGAAUUUUGUAAAUAUGAAUUUGCACUACAAAUCUCUAUUUACAUCAUAGGUCCCUCAGCUGAAUAAUAUAUAACAUGAUUGUCAUGAAAAAACAUUACAUGUUCAAAAUGACAACUUUACAGAGAAAGAAAAAAGUAAAAUGGCGAAAAUUAAAUUCCAAACCAUUUUGGAGUAUUUUAUUGGCAAAUAUACCAUGAAGUAAAAAAAAAUUGUUUUUGUCUGACAGCGUUGAUUAGUUAAAAGAUCUACAUUCCUGUGGGUCAGACACUCAAGCGGGCAAUUGUGACAAUUGUAGCAGCCUUAAAAGACCUUAAAACUGUUACCUUGCACGUGACAUUAUUCCAAAUCCAGACAUAUUAUCUCACAGAGUACAAUCAUUAACAGUCAUGAGCGUCUGAAUUUGUUCCUGGACAUUAUUAUUCCUCGUCUUUGUGUGGUGCCUUGUUCAUGCAUCUGUCAAAACUGAAUGCUGUUACCUUAUUGCUGUUACAAUUUACAAUUCAGGCGUUGCUCUGUUGCAGCUCUUCUUGUGUGUGUUUUUUUUUUUUUUUUUUUGCUUUAUAUAAUGACUUAACUUAAAAUUGGUUGUUUUCCACAAAAAUAAUAUAUUUUUGGUAUCCUUUAUAUUUAUUUUUUAAAAACCUGCAACCAUCUUUACAAUUUUAAUUGCACUGCAGACGUGUGCAUCUUUUGCAAAUCCAUUUUGGUGACAAUUUUGUACUUUUUAUUUUAGGUUUAGAAUGUAGUUUCAUAAUCCCUCUGUAUUUGUCUCAACAACAGGCAAGGUAUUACACACAAACACUGCCUUUAAGUAGGUCAAGCUGUUCCUGUUUCUCUGAAAUUGUUUUAAACAUGUUGGUUUUAACUCUGUUGUAUGGUGUGCCGUUUUAACCUAAAAUGACGCCAGUCAUACAAAGUUAUAACUCAAAUUAAAAAUCUCUGUAAUCAUUUUUUGAUGGAAGAAACUCUCUUUUUAAAUCUACAAAGCUAUAAAGUCCUUUAUACUAGUUGCAUCACCAGAUUGAUAUUACUGUAAUGUAAUUUUCACUAUUUCUAUAUUAAAUAUGAAUUUAUGUAAAGAUAUAUAAUUAUUGAUAGUAUUACUUUAAAAAUAUAUAUAUUAUUAUAGCUUAUAUCUAAAACGAGAAUUUAUAGAAAUAAAAACUGAACUGCAGAGAUCUGUAAUUUGAGUUUUUACUACUGGAAAUGGUGUUAUCUAUCACUUGAAUCGCUGGCGAAGUUUUUAGGCUAAAAGGCAUGCCAUACUGUUGCACUUUAGGGUGAAAGUAGCUGUAAAUCCAAAGUCAUGCAUAUCACUGAAUGCUUGAUUGACUUUAGAAGUUGUCUGAUGUGAUGUACUGUAUAACUCGAUGGUAUUCAUGCAAAACAUAAUCUAUGAAUGUAUAGACAAUGUAAACAAUGUUACUUAUUAUUGACUAUGCACUGAAGCAUAGAUGUGGACCUCACAUCUGUUAUUUAUGUAUAUUUGUCUAUUUAAAUAAUAAUAUAUACUCUAUGGACAAAAAUAUUGGGACACCUAAUUUAUUUUCUUCUGAAAUCAAGAGUAUUAAAAAAGAGUUUAUCCUGCUUUUGCUGGAGUAACUGUCUCUGCUGUGCAGUAAAUAUGCUUUCUAUUAGAUUGUGGAAAAUUGCUGUGAGAAUCUGAUUGCACUCAGCAACAAGAACAUUAGUGAGGUCAGAAUGGCAGAUGAUGAUCACACCCUGCCUCAUCCUCAACUCAGCCCAAGAAUAUUGGAUGGAGCACCAUGAUUUCAGGUCAAAGCUGGUGGGGUUUAUACCCUGUAGUUUACACAUGGUUAUGUGCUCCAGAGAUGCACAUUACGUUUGUGUGUUCUUUAAAUAAAUAUAUGUUGUCACUGAUUCUUAAACUUGAUUCUCAAGACUGCUGAUAUUGACUGGAAUUCAUGCGACCCUCAACUUUAACAAGAUUCCCAGUACCUGCACUGGACACACAGCCCCACAGCAUGAUGGAACCACCCCCCCAUAAUGUAUUCAAAGGGUAUUUAAAUCAAUAAAAUGACAAGGGUGCUUAAAUUUAUGCACCUGCCUAAU